GUUUGUUAGUCAGGACUCAUGCGUUACCUCCAUAUAAAUCGGCCGCACUGCGCCGGCGCAUCAGUUAGUGACGGAUACGGACGCAGACAUCACACGAAAAUGAAGCAAAUAGUCCUUUUAGCAGUAUUGGCAGUUGCGCACGCGCAAUUCCCAAAUGGGCGCGUUUUAGAGCCACCUCAACCAUCUCAAUGUGUGCAGAGAACGAUUCAUGAGAGAUAUUCAGACAAUAAAGGUUACUACUUCUCCUGGAGGGACCCCGCGCAGCGUGGUACGGAGGUAGACUGGCUGACAGCCAGAAACUUCUGCAGACAACGUUGCAUGGACCUCGUGUCUUUGGAGACGAGUGAUGAAAACGAAUGGAUUAAAGCCCGCAUCGUCCAGGAUAAGGUUAAGUACAUCUGGACGUCCGGUCGUCUCUGCGACUUCAAGGGUUGUAAUCGUCCUGAUUUACUUCCUAACGAAAUCAACGGAUGGUUCUGGACCGCUGAGCUGCAAAAGCUUGCUCCCACUACGAACCGCCAACAAAACGACUGGUCAGAGGGUGGUGGCAUCGGCAAACCUCAACCAGACAAUAGAGAACUCAUCCAAGGCGGCGCAGCAGAACACUGUAUUGCCAUCCUUAACAACUUCUACAACGACGGUGUCCAUUGGCACGACGUAGCUUGCCAUCAUGUCAAACCGUUUGUCUGCGAAGAAAAUGAUGCCCUACUCAAAUACGUUAGAUACACAAAUCCCAAUUUACGAGUUUAAAGCAAAAAGAACGAUUCUUGAUCA